GGGCGGAGUUUCCUACGCUGUUUGAAGGGUGGCUCACAGAAAAGUAGUUGGGAUGGCAGCGGAGUGAGCAUCUUUGUUCUUGUGUACUUUGUAGAUGAAACCUGGACCUGUGGUGAGUAAAAACGAGGCUCUUUGAAAGUCAUGCGCCUGCUGCUUUGCGUGUCUCUGCUGUGCUCGCUGGUUUUAUGCAGCCGCGGAAGGGCUGAGUUCACUCCGGCUGCGGGACACCCUCUGCAUGCCGAUGAUGGGAACUUUUCAAACCAGGAUCCCAGGAAACAAGAGCCCUUUCAACUCCAACAGCAAGUGCUGGAGCCCAGGCCAGGUUCUACCUUCAGCUUGAAGGUCCAGGUGAAUGAUGUGCUGAGUCGUCAGUACCUGAGCCAGGCAGUGGUGGAGCUCUACGUCAACUACACCAAGACCAACACAGCUCUUUCUGGGGAGGAUGGCGGGGUCUUGUUUCACGUACCUUACCACACUGGGAUGCUUCUCACAGUUGUGGCCUGCCAGGAUGGCUACAUUUGCACACUGCUGCUUUGUAAAACCGACAAAAUGCCAAUAUUUUCAUCAGUGACAUUAUCACUUCAGGGUCUGAAUCAAGGGAACAUUUGGCUUUUUGAGGAUUCUGUCCUGAUCACUGGGAGAACAUCUGAUGCUUCAUCCCAGCCUGUGGUCAGUUUUCCUAAAACCCUGCUGAACCUGACGCACAGCAAUAAUAUCACCUCUGUUAAAGCCUUCUUGACCAUUCCCAGGCUGACGUCAGAGCAGGGGGGGUUCUUGGACACUCGAGGCAUCAUGAGCAGUAAAUCUGGAUAUGUCAGUGUGGAGUUAAGCCCGGUGGCGGCUGUCAGCGUGCAGCUUUUCUCAGGAGACACGGAGUUACAUGUGACUGGGCCUGUGCAGAUGAACCUCAACAUUCCCGACAGCUUCAGACUUCAGUCUUCGAGUGUUAUUCCAGCCUGGUUCUUUAACCGGACCACUGGGGGAUGGAUGAGAAAAGGAUUAGGAAAGGUGGCGUCAGUAGAUGGAAGACUCGUGUGGACAUUCACAGCUCCUCAUCUCGGCUACUGGAUCGCAGCACCGGUGUCAUCUAACAGAGGUUUCUUUGAACUUGCCAUUCCCAUUGACUUCUUCAUACGGCAUUCCUUUUUCCUGAUGGUUCUCUUUGGAGGGACACUCGUUAUUAUCAUCUCUCUUCUGGUUGGAUUAUGUUAUUGCAGGUGUUCCUCUGGUGAAACUAAAGCAGCAAAGAUCCUACCAGUGAUGACAAAAGACCAAAAUACUUCCACAUGUGAUGAUGAUCUCUUUGAAGUAUCUUCAGGGAAAGCUUCUCAUUCGCAGGACCAGCAACCUGAAGAAAAGGGGGACAGUAGACACAAUGCUUCUUUCAUAGCCAACACCAAUGCUGUGGCCAUUAUGCUGGAGAAUGAUCUGAACACGGACCCGAACGAUUUGACGUGUUCACACAAGGCUUCAGAACAAAGAGUUUCUGUAUCUCUGACAGAUAAUUUGUUUUUCUACAACCAGCCUGUUGCAAUUCUUCACACUCCAGCUUUCUUCCAUUUAGAGGAGCAACCAGAGCAGGCCCAGUGGAGCAAGUCAGCCACCCUGCCCCGUGCAGGGGCUUCAAAUGGUGCCGCCACAGAGCCUUUGAGUAAAGAAAACUUAACCCAGACACAGACAAAAGGUCUGCCUGAGACCCAGAACCAGGCAGCAGAAACUGAAGACAAGCUUGGAGCUUCAGGUGGCUCCCAGACAGCAACCCCCACCAACACAUCCAGGCUCCCAGAGUCAGUGUCAGUGCCUGGGACAUUACAUAAAAUCUUGGACAGCAGGCACUCGGUGCACGGACAAUCCAAUAUCUCCUCACUUCAGCCUCCUCGGGCCUGGUUCGUCUCCCUGGAGGGCAAGCCCGCAGCUGAGAUCCAUUAUGCUGUGACUGAGCAGCAGAGGAGACGGAGACCAGUCGAGAGUCGAGAGACCAGUUUAGACUCUGGGGUGGACAUGAGCGAACUGAACCAGACGUCUGGCAGGAGGGCGGUAACACUGGAGCGAAACGCUACUUUUGUCAAAAGCGCAUCGAGCAGUAAACAUACGUCUGCACAGUGACUUAUCUCUAACAGCCUUAUUACCCAUAUCGCUCCAAGUUUGUUAAUAAACACCAUCACGUUUGUAUCACAGGGGACUUAUGUAUGUUAUUCAUCAGAUUCAGUGCAUUUCUGCCAUAAGACCUCAUAAUGUCUGCAUUUCAGCUACUGUACAUCUAGAAGAGUCCACAUUUCACAACAGAGCCUAUGGACUUGGUGAUCGUUCCCUGUGGAUGUAACAAUACGUGUGCUUUUAACAGCUUCUAACCUGUGUAUGCACUCAAAGACUAAUGUAUAAUAUUAUAGUAAGAUGUUGUAUAUUCCUUUAUUUUGUGUUACAUAUUUCUGUUUUCAUGUAAAUUGUUAACCUGAUAUAAAAUACCUGACCCUGGUGAUGUUGUUUGUUCAUCAGAGGGAAAAUGUAACAUAUGCUUGCUUCUGUGUUAAUGCAGGAAAAAUACAUCCAUUCAUUUUUUUCUAUUUAAAGUCAUAUAAAAAGUCAUGGUGAUGUGGGAGAAGCUGUUGGGGAAAGAGGUGGGGUACAGGUGGGGUAAUCAGUCUCAGGACUAACACAGAGACAGACAAACAUUCACACUCUCAGCCUGUUCAGGAUCCCCAAUGGACCAAACCCCAUGCAGGUGUUUGGACUGUGGGAGGAACCCAUGCACCAAAAAGACAAGCCAGAUCUCUCACAGACAGGCUACAGGCUGGAUUCAUUCUUGUUGCUGUGAAGCAAUAGUGCUAACUAACAUCACGAUAAUAGCCAGUACUGUCACAACCUGGCAACUUUGAGCCAUGACAAAAGGUGAACACACCUUUAGGGUGUGCAUGUGUGUGGAGAUGUAUGUGAGUGUUGUAAAUACAGUGAAUUACAAAUAGCAAUAGAAAAACAAGUGGAACACAGAGUGUGAGGGGAAACAGGUCCGUGUGAAGCAGGAAGGAAGAAGAAAGGGCCAAUACAGAGCCCAGAUACUGCCUUUUGGCUUGAGCCACUAAAGUCCUGAAACACAUGAAGGAAAGGUUUAAAGUAAGGAUGGUCAGAAUAUGUUCCAUUUAAAAUUACAGACCUGAAAACAGCUAAACUGCUAAAACAGAAACAGAAAAACACGUCUGUCGGUUAAAACAUUUUUAUAGGGAGUUAAAAGGUGCUGUUCCCGAAACAUCUUAACCUGGUUCGGGAACAGCACCAUGCAGGACAGACGAGCUCUACAGAUGGUUGUGCGAUCAGCUGAGCGCACCAUCCGCUCCGAGCUCCCUGACCUGCACUCAAUCUACAGCAGGCGGUGCUGGACCAAGGCCAGGAAGAUCGUGAAGGACCUCAGCCAUCCCAACAACGGACUGUUCUCUCUGUUGAGGUCAGGAAAGCGAUUCCGCUCCCUGAAGACCAACACAGAGAGACUGA